UAUGCACCUCGGCCUAGGGACUUUGGCAAGCCACGACAACCACUCUCCAAGUGCCGACCCUCCAAACGCCAUUAUUUCCUUCUUCCAUCUGUUUCCAUUACUCCUAACGCAGUCUCACGGCUGUACUCCGGAGCGUCAUUUCGUUGAUGGAAGUGGGACGCCAAAUUCGCCCAAGUGGUAAUUCAAAGCCGAAGCUUAUGCCAUGACAUGUGUGGCAGUACGGAGUAGUGGCGGCCUCGAUCAUGGUCAGGCACGGGGUUCUCGGUAGAUCAUAUGCCUUCGGAAGCAGCGAUCCGCCCGCUUCCAUCGACAUAUGUCGUCACCAGGACUCGUACUUGCACAAUGGAUGGAGUGCAAGCUUCCGAUCCAAAGAGUUCCUUACUGUGUAGAAUCAGAUCAGAGGAGAAUCCGCCGCUGGCUGAACCCGAAAUGUCGUCGCGAUUACAUCUUUCCGAGGGCCAAUUCCCCACUGAUAGCUCUCAUCGUCGAUGGAUGGUCUUGAUGCCCGGGAUAUCCGCAAACCGCGUCUACUUGGCGAGUUUUGCCUUCGAAAUCCUGCACAUAAUAUGCUACAAUCUCUCUCUGUCCCCUAAUCCAGGCGCGUGGCAAUCCAAUGGUGCCUGUUGCAUGUGCCAUGUUGUGUCCGCUUAUCCCAGCCGUGGUGGAGCUGCGUUCUCGGUUUCCCUAUGUGGUCACGGCCAUACCCUAGCCUCAGCCCUCCCGAACCCGUUCAUCUACAAGCAUAACCAACAGGGAAAUCUUCGUCUUUUCGCUUCCCUUCUCGGAUUCGGAUCUGGGCCGGCCCAGCCGCUGAUGCAAGCAGGGUUUAGGGACGCGGGAAGUCGUUGUGCCCCUGCAUUGCUCCCCUCUCGCCUUGGAAUUCUCCAAAAAAGCAUGAUGCUUGAAAUUUUGGGUUCAGGGAUGAGUGCUUCUAGAACCUGAAGACCAGGGUCAUUGUUCAUCGGCUUGUCAAACGAGUCGUGGUCCAAGCGACAAAUCUCUCCACGGCCCUCCGUCUACAUGAUCAACAGUCCGUAUUCGGCCAAUCUGAG